AUGGCCAACGACUUGGAUAAGAGCAGCAAGUCCCAAGACUACGACAACGAAAAGCAAGUGGUAGAGGGACCAGGAGCUGGAGGUGUACAGAUGCCCAUCUACAACAACCUCGAUAAGAGCAGCAAGUCCCAAGAUUACGAUAAUGAAAAGCAAUUGGCAGAGGUACCAGGAGCUGGAGGUGUACAGAUACCCAUCUAUAACAACUUGGAAUUAGUGUCGUCUGAAAAUCUCACUUUCACGGCCAUCCUCAAAGGCACAGCAGCCCACCCGCUCAACACAUUCGAGAAGAAAGCCGCCCUUAUCAACGCCGAGCUGGACAAUUUCGGACUUGGCCGCUAUCAGAUAUGCAUUUGGUUCCUCUGUGGUUUCGGAUACUUCCUCGAUCUGGCGUGGUCACAGGGUGUUGGUCUUAUCUCUACAGCAAUCUACCAGGAAAUGAAUGUCGCUGACAAGGAUACUGGAACAAUCUUCGCGCUGGCCAACGCUGGUCUUGCCAUUGGUGCUCUGGGAUUCGGAUUGGCAGUCGACAUUAUUGGAAGGAAGUGGGCUUUCAAUUUGACGUGUCUGAUCACUUCUGUGUUUGGGCUCCUACUUGCUGCACCAAAGUUCAACUACGGCGCGAUCUGUGGCAUCUAUUUUCUCGCCUCUCUGGGACUCGGCGGCAACAUCCCAAUUGACGCUACCAUUGCUCUUGAGUUCCUUCCACAGAGUCGCCGCUUUCUUGUGGCACUUCUCUCCAUGUGGCAGCCUAUUGGAGUAAGUGUUGCUUCCGGCAUUGCUUACGGAACGGCUGCCAAAUGGCGAUGUGAACCUGAGCUCCCAUCGUGCAAGGCUGUUGCUGCUGGGGAGGCUUGCUGUACUGUCUCCAGCAACAUGGGCUGGCGUUACAAUGUCAUCGUUCUCGGCGCCAUGACUCUCGUCAUCUUCUUCCUCCGCUACUUUGUAUUCAACUUCCACGAGUCACCUAAAUUCCUGCUCGCUCGAGGUCGUGAGGCUGAGGCCAUCGAGGUUUUGCACAAAAUCGCCAAGUUCAACCGCGCGCCACCACCUACCCUGACAUUGGAGAUGUUUGCAGCCAUUGAUGCUGCUGAUCCAGACUUCCACGCGGCAGUAGUUGCGCCAACAAAUCUCACGCGCGCCGAGAAGAACAAGGCGGUCUUCAAGAAUGUUGGCAAGGAACUCAAACGUUUGAAGGGUAUUUUCACCAACAAACUGUCCUUGUUCAUCUUCAUCCUCCUCGGCAUCGCGUACAUGGGAGAUUACUGGUCCUUCAACCUUGCUGGGAAUUUCUUGCCUAUCAUCCUGCUCCGCAACAACGUUUCCAAUGGCCGAGGAACUGUGCAAGACACGUACAAACAGUACAUCAUCAUCUAUACUCCUGGUAUUCUUGGCGCCAUCCUUGCCCUCGCAUCCGUACAAAUGCCACUCCUUGGACGUAAAUGGUCGCUCGUCUUCUCCGCCAUCUGCCAAGGUCUUUCCAUGGCCAUGUAUACCCAGGUCGAUUCAACCGCGGCAUACGUUGGGCUGAACGCACUUGAGUACAUCAUGCAAACAUACUUCAAUGCGGUUCUUUACGCAUCUGCACCCGAGUUGUUCGACACUGCCUACCGUGGUAGUGUUAGCGGCAUGCUCUCCUGCUUGGGUCGUAUUGCUGGAAUCGUGGCACCAUACGCUGGUGCCCAGCUGCUCGCGAACGAGAGCUCUGGCAUUCUAUGGCUGGGCGCAGGUGGUAUAUGGCUUUCUGCACUCAUGAUGGUCUUCUUGCCAGUCGAGAUGCGGAAUAGGCAGAUGUUCUAG